AUGCUAACCCCCGAUCAAGAUCGCACGGCCGAGGACCAAUUCCAGCCGAUCGCUCGGCGAAUCGAACGGCUUGCGCUCCACCUCUCCCCUGGCCGAGGAAUGGCUCUCCUCUCCGGUGACGGAGAGCAGCUCCGAAUGGUGGAAUGCAGCAGGGGGGUGCCGAGGCUGAGCGUGGAGACGGCGGCGCUGUCGAAGUACAUGAGAGGCAAGCACAGGGACAUUCAGCAGCGAGUUUUCGAGUAUUUCAGCGCGAGGCCGGAGCUGCAGACGCCGAUCGAGAUCUCGAAGGACGAUCACCGGGAGCUCUGUAUGAGGCAGCUCCACGGCCUUGUCAGGGAGACCGGGAUCAGGCCCUUCCGCUACUUGCUCGAAGACCCGGCCAAGUACUUUGCGUUUCUCGAGGCCGUCGGGAGCGUCGACAUGUCUCUCGGGAUUAAGACCGGGGUUCAGUACAGGUGA